AUAUAUGUGUGUAAGACAGGUUUUGCAAGUGUUUGAGCAGUACCAGAAGGCAAGAACACAAUUUGUGCAAACUGUAGCAGAUCUUGCAGCAAGACCACAAAAUACUGAAACACUUCAAAAUUCUGGUGUAAUGUCCCUUUUGAGGCCUCUCCUUUUGGAUGCAGUCCCAACUAUUCAGCAGACAGCAGCUCUGGCUCUCGGAAGGCUUGCCAACUAUAACGAUGACCUAGCUGAGGCUGUAGUAAAGGGAGACAUUCUUCCUCAGCUUGUGUACUCUCUGGCUGAGCAAAACACACAGCGCUUCUAUAAGAAAGCUGCCGCAUUCGUGCUUCGGGCUGUUGCUAAGCACUCCCCUGAACUGGCUCAGGCCGUGGUGGACUGUGGAGCACUGGACGCUCUUGUAAUCUCCCUGGAGGAGUUUGACCCUGGGGUCAAAGAGGCUGCUGCAUGGGCAAUAGGCUACAUUGCCAGACAUAAUGCACAGCUGUCUCAGGCAGUGGUUGAUGCUGGAGUUGUGCCUCUGCUCGUGUUAUGCAUCCAGGAGCCUGAAAUUGCCCUGAAGAGGGUUGCUGCUUCCGCUCUGAGCGACAUAGCCAAACACUCCCCAGAGCUGGCUCAAACUGUGGUGGACACAGGGGCGAUCGCCCACCUAGCACAGAUGAUCCUAAACCCAGAUGCCAAAUUGAAGAGGCAGGUUUUUUCAGCUCUCAGCCAAAUCGCCAAGCACUCUGUAGACGUAGCCGAGAUGGUGGUGGAGGCUGAAAUAUUCCCUGCCGCACUGGUUUGCCUAAAGGACCCGGAUGAAUAUGUUCGGAAGAAUGUCGCCACACUUAUUCGGGAAAUCUCAAAACACACCCCUGAGCUGUCCCAGAUAAUAGUGAAUGUGGGGGGCGUAGCAGCUGUGAUUGACUACCUCGGGGACUCCAGAGGGAAUGUACGCCUGCCGGGGAUCAUGAUGCUGGGCUAUGUGGCUACACACUCCGAGAACCUAGCCAUGGCUGUGAUUGUAUCUAAAGGAGUGCCGCAGUUGGCUAUCUGUCUGGAGGAAGAGCAAGAAGAUCACAUCAAAGCAGCCACAGCUUGGGCAUUUGGCCAGAUUGGCAGACACACACCUGAGCAUGCAAAAGCUGUUGCUGUGGCCAACGUGUUCCCUAAACUCCUAAAUCUGUAUUUGGACACUGAAAGUUCUGAAGACCUGCAGGUCAAGGCCAAGAAGGCACUGAAGAGCAUCCUUCAAAAGUGCACUUAUCUACCAGCACUGGAGCCUCUUCUCUAUGAAGCUCCCAGCAACAUUCUGAAACAUAUCAUCUGCCAGUUCAGUAAGGUUCUUCCUCAUGACAGUAAGGCACGGCGAUUGUUUGUUACCAGUGGUGGUCUGAAGAAAGUACAGGAGAUCAAAGCAGAACCUGGUUCUGCAAUUCAGGAAUAUAUCAAUGCAAUCAACAGCUGCUACCCCGAAGAGAUUGUCAGGUAUUAUUCACCUGGUUACUCUGAGACCUUGCUGGAAAGGAUUGAUAACUAUCAGCCAGUGUGAUUUUCUUUACUGAAACACUAUGAAUGCUUUUCAAAAAGUUGUGAAAAAUAAAAAAAAAUACCAUACAAAUGAUCACAACUGAAACAUCUUAUUUUGUUAUAUUUAUUGGUGGUAGAGGAUUCUUAAUUCAGAGAUUUUCUGUUUUUGAUAACCUAAGAUGACCAAACAUUUAUAUUUUUUAAUCAUCUGUCUAGUUGCAUAAAAUCCUUGGUAUAUUUGUAGUAGUUGUUUAACAACAGCAACAACAACAAAAAUAAAAUGUAUUUAUUAUGAA